AGCUUAUAUGGCGUGGGGUACUUGUUCUUUUAGCCCUGUGCCGGGCACCUGCCAAAAUAGCAGCCAACACCCCCCAUUGUGUUGUUCCCCCCCCCCCCCAUCUCCUGCUGCACAUUCCUCCCUCCGCGGGGCUUGGCUCACAAGGCCCCAGCCCACAUGCCUGCUUAAAGCUCUCCCCAUGCCCUGCCCUCAGCCAGUCCCUGCUGAGGCUGAACAGAUACCUCAAGACCUGUGUGCAGUCCCUGUUCAGAGGGAGAGCCGAGAGCAUGUCUGACGCCGAGGAGGUGGUGGAGGAGUACGAGGAGGAACAGGAAGAAGCUGUGGAAGAGGAAGACUGGAGUGAAGAAGAGGAGGACGAGCAAGAGGAGGCAGUGGAGGAGGAGGAGGCUGGUGGGGCUGAACCUGAGCCUGAGGGUGAGGCUGAGACAGAGGAGGCCAACGUAGAAGAGGUUGGUCCUGAUGAAGAAGCCAAAGAUGCUGAAGAAGGUCCAGUAGAGGACACCAAACCCAAGCCCAGCAGGCUCUUCAUGCCCAACUUGGUGCCACCCAAGAUCCCCGAUGGAGAGAGAGUGGACUUUGAUGACAUCCACAGGAAGCGCGUGGAGAAGGACCUGAAUGAGCUACAGACUCUGAUCGAGGCUCACUUCGAGAACAGGAAGAAGGAGGAAGAGGAGCUGAUUUCCCUCAAAGACAGGAUCGAAAAGCGUCGGGCAGAGCGGGCCGAGCAGCAGCGUAUUCGCAAUGAGCGGGAGAAGGAAAGGCAGAACCGCCUGGCUGAAGAGAGGGCCCGGCGUGAGGAGGAGGAGAACAGGAGGAAGGCUGAGGAUGAGGCCCGGAAGAAGAAGGCUCUGUCCAACAUGAUGCACUUUGGAGGGUACAUCCAGAAGCAAGCUCAGACAGAGCGGAAGAGUGGGAAGAGACAGACAGAGAGAGAGAAGAAGAAGAAGAUCCUGGCAGAGAGGAGGAAGGCGCUGGCCAUCGACCACCUGAAUGAAGACCAACUGAGAGAGAAGGCCAAGGAGCUGUGGCAGAGUAUUCACAACCUGGAGGCUGAGAAGUUCGACCUGCAGGAAAAGUUCAAGCAGCAGAAAUACGAAAUCAACGUUCUGCGAAACCGGAUCAAUGACAACCAGAAAGUCUCCAAAACUCGUGGGAAGGCCAAAGUCACCGGGCGUUGGAAAUAGAUGAAACUGUUCUCGUCAAAGCUGUGCCCCCUGCUUGUGUCCUUGCCCCGUGCAUCCCAGCUCUGGGUCCUCCUUGGCACCCAAUGCAGACUCCUGUUUGGAUAGUGGGAGCUGGCUUAGCUAGAAGCCAGUACUCUGCCUGACCCCUAUGCCCGCACUAUGCCAGCAAUAAAAAGCCAACACACUGCA